AUGCCGACAGAAAAAUUGCUGCCGAUGAUUGAAAGUGUAACAACGGCAGCUACACAAACAUCGGCGGCAUCCACAAUCCAAAUCACCCGCACAACAUCCACAAUUAUUACCAGCUUAUCGCAUGGGCAUAAUAAACGACCAACUAUCAUUAUCUAUCCAACGGUUUCACCGGAGUCAAUUGUCAUCCCGAUCGUCUCGUGCAUCUUCGGUUUCCCAAUAUUGGCCUUGCUCGUAAUCUGUUGCCUGCGACGACGCGCAAAACUGGCACGCGAACGUGAACGACGUCGCAACUACGAUUUUCAGGAUGCCGCUGGUCUUAGUCUGGUCAGAUUUAGUCCUAUUCAUAGGCUCACUGACGGUACCAAGAGAGCUAUCAGUCUGCGUUCUGAACGAAGCAUGAGUCGCGGUUUCCCCUCUUUAGAGCUCGACACCGUGAUAGAGGAGCGCAGCGAUCAGGAGCAGACACAGGUGACGGAUUUGGUAAUAACACCUGAUUCGCCAACCGAAGUGACACGCCUCAACAAUUUAUGCAACUUUAGCAGCUAA